AUGGGCAAGGGCCGAGGACGAGGGCGUGGCAAGGGUGGUUGCGAGUGCUGCGAAGCCAUCCACGCCGUCGCCUGCUGCCUGUGCCUCGUUCUCUUCGGCGGCCCCAUCCUGAUUGCCGUGGGCUCUACCCUUAUUGCGGCAGCGAAUCGAAACGACCGCGCACGCGGAAUUGCAAGCAGCAGCUUCCUUGACUACUCCAUCCUGCUGGACAAGGCCGGCGGACCAAGGAAAUGCUCCUCGCGAACCGACGGAUGCUCCACGUCCAAUGCAGGCAACUGCAAGUUUAACUGCGAGGAAUCGUACUUCAACAAUUUUGCCAUAAAAGUGUCGUACCAGAAUAACGGUUACUUUUUGGAUUCCGUAAACCCGGGGCCAGGAGGAGGUGCCAAUGUACUGCCGGCAGGCUACCAACGGCAGUACGACGACACCAAGAUGUUGCCCUCCACGGUGCCCACGGGGCCGCUGUUCCAGCUGCCCAAUGUGGUGCGCUACAGCGGGGCACCGCCCGACCUGUUUUCUGUGACGGUGCGCUCCUCCGCCGACCCCUGGCUCGCCUACAUGGAGGCCACGGACGGCACCGGCUACUUCGGCUUCACGAAGAGCGUCCUCAUGGCCACGGGUGCAACCCUGGUGGUGAUGGGGAGCCUGGGAACCUUGCUGUGGGUGGUGGCGGCCUUCUACGUCUGGUGGAUGCUCUGCAGCCGACAUAAACCCAGAUCACGGCCUUCAGGCGUGAGUGGAUACGCUUGGGACCUGGCAAACAGGUACGGCGGGUCGUACGCGCCUGCGCUAGGGGUACCUGUUCACGGAGUGGACCAGGGCGGCAUGCCGACAGCGCAACCGUUAUACAUGGGGCAGGGACCGCCGUACUCGGCGCAGCCGGUGCCUGGACAACCAGUACCCGGCUACCCGCCGUACCCGUACCCGCCGCCGUACGGAGCACCGCAGCUUGGGCCGUACCCGCCGUACCCGUACCCUCCGCCGUACCCGCCUCCCAGCAACGGCAUUGAGAUGAACCAGUUCACCUCCGGGCACCCGCCGGCUUACGGCUAUCCGCCCCCUGGGCAAGGGGCCACUGACGUACGCGGUGGAACGUCUGCGCCGUACCAAUAUCCGUACCCGUAUCCGUACCCGCCGUACACUGGGCCGCCGUCGGCGCCGCCGCCACCGGCACCGCCGCCAGCAGCUGGCGGUCCUGCAGCAGCGCCAUCCGGGCCGUCGGCAACAGAUGCUGGUGAGGGGUGUGUCCUGAUAAAACUGAGCUGCUCGAACCUAAGGCCUAUCGGAGCUGCUGGUCUAAGGUCUGUCGAAGCGCCGGAUUCAACGAGACCUUUCGGAACGGCCAUUCUAAGAUCUGUCGUAACACCCAAUGUGAGAGAUGCCGCCGGAACUUCUGAUCGAAGAAGGCCUGAUCGAACAACAUCACCCGAUCAGAGCCCUCCUAACGGAACACGUAAUCUUUAA